UGUGGCAAGUAAGCAAGCUAGAAGACUGGCAAUCUGGCUGGGUAUCCAGUUACGGAAGCAACACAUUAACAAGAGAAUUCUGAGUAAAACCAAAGUUUCUUUGAAUCAGGACAGCCCUGGUGGUAGCAGCAGCAGUACGAGCAUGGAGCCAUAGGGAGCUACACCCUCUCAGGGAUUUGCGCCAACUCGACCAAAGGAGGAAAAUGACAGUGAUUUUACUGUUCAACAUUCCCAUGAAUUUACAGUGAAAUUCAAUCAAGCUAGUUAUGAAUAUACUGUUCAGUGUAAUCAGCUUUGCACAGUGCUGGAAGCCAUAAAAUCAAAUGAGAAAUGCAAUGAGAAGAUUAAGUGUGCAGAUGAGAACAUUAUCAUUCAGCUAGGUAAAGAGGAUAAGAAGUCAAUCGUUGCAACACAUUUCCCCUGUUCUUGUAUUGAUGAUGGUGAGAGUCUGAUCAUAUCAUGUAGAGCAGAAAAAGUUGAAGGUAAAUCCAACAUUCCAAAAUAGUGCAUCCAAAAGAGCACUAUUCUGUCUUCUUUAUAGACACAGUUGGUGGGCUACACACUAAAACAAAGGAACUUUUUAAAAAUAAUGAUGUAAAACAGUUCAAGAACCUCUGUGUUUAUGGAGAAAAGGGAAUAACUGUGGCUGAGGCUCUGAAGAGAGACGGUCGCUUCAUUGAUGAUCUUGGCUACUUUGAGCUGUCCAACAAUCAGGACCCCAAACGCCUCACUGUAUGCACACAAAAGGUAGAAAAACUACACCAGAAACAAUUCAAGAUACGCCUUCCAAAAGAUAAAAAAGAACACAAUGGAAAUCCGCAAGAAAGCCCAUCAAAUAAUUCUCAAAGUACGUGUGAAAGAAGAUUAGGGUCAGAGAUCGUCUAUUUAGCACAACAGGAGGGAAUCCGUGUAAAAACCGCAGUGAAAGAAACCAGCAGUGAUCUUGAUACAAACAAGAUUUAUGAACUACUGCGUGAGCAGUUUCCAGAUCUGAAACGAUGGAUGGAGAGUAGAUUCCCUGGUGAUUUGUAUCAGGAAGCACUGAAUCUCAGGAAGGAAAACUUUGGAAAGAUCCAGCACUCCUUCAGUGAAGUUCACAGAGUCAGGAAGCUGCUAGAACUGGGAAAGUCAGUUUGCAAAGUCGUUGUUAAGGAUGUUUCUAUGGGAACAGGCUUUGUGCUGUUUGAUACUUUCAUCCUGACUAGCGCACAUUUGUUUGAUGGUUACGUUGAAGGAAAGGAGCUGCAGGAGGAUGUAGAAGUGUUUGCUAUUUUUGACUACGAGAAGUCUGAGCCAGAAACAAAUUUGUACUACUUUAGAGCAAAUAAUACAUUCAUUGACUUUGAUGCUGAUCUAGAUUAUGCAGUUCUGGAGCUCAACCCUGAAGGCUCAAAACCAAACCAGCAAACAAGAGCACAGAACAUAAAGGCACCACCAGGGCUGCUCAGUGAGUUUGGACCACUGCCUGCCAAUGGUGAAGCCUGCAUCAUUGGACACCCAGCAGGGGGGGUGAAAAAAAUGGAUCCUACAUGUAUCAUUGAGACAGAUAAGAGAGGGCAGGCUAUUGAUGAACAUUUGUAUCAGUACAAAAACCUGGUCAUCAUCAAAACAAUCAGUGACUGGCUCAAAAAGCAUGGCAUUGAUGAAAUAUUGAUAGGUGGACGUAAAGCAGGAAAAGUAGCAACCUACCACACUUUCAUGUAUCAUGGUGCCUCUGGUUCUCCAGUGUUUGAUGGACUUGGCAGAGUUUUUGGUUUGCACACUGCAGGUUAUAUCUGUGAUUCAGUCAACAGUGAUGAGAGUGUCAUUGAAUAUGCCAUUCCUCUUCUUACUAUAUUUGAAAACGUUGUGGGAAACCUGAAGGAAAGUGAAAAUGAGGAGCUGUUGAAGAAAGUUGAGAGGGCAGCAAAAAGAAACCCACACCUGAAAGAGAUACUCAGUGCUGAGGAGCCAAUGGAAGUCAGUUAGAUAUGCAAGUUAGAGUCUGGCAAGCUAUUUCUGGUUCCAGAGAUUCCUAAUUUUCUGAUGCAUUAUUCUUCAAAGAAUUGAACACAUAAGAUGUAACCUGAACCUGUGCCUCUGGGGACCUGUGGUAUAAGACACAGGAGGAUUUGGAGCUUAGUGAAGUUACUUUAGCCCAAGGUUUUAGCAUUAACAUGUCAGUUCUUAUUGAGAUAUAUUACAGUCAAAGCUUAUACUGCAGAUGUAACCUCAUGCUGAGUAAAAUAAUUUAUGAAAUAAGAACAUUUCUGACUUUGCACCUGAAAAACACAGAUACUUUGUAUUUACCUUUUACGGCACAUUACGUUAAGUGGAGAUGAAUGAUAAAGAUGUCUUGUUUAAAACCAAGCUUGUAAGUGGCAUUAGUUUGAUGUUUAGAUUUUAAUAGAGGUUUCUAAUCUAUUGGGUGAGAAGCUUUCUGUUCAGAUCUAUCACUCGAGGAUUUUAUUAUGUUUGUUUUUUUGUUUUAGAACUACUAGUGUAAUGAAAACCAUCCUUUGAAAAUCAUGUUUUUUACACCUUGUGUUUUUCUGUUAUUAUUUGAGUUCUGAAUCAAAUAAAAAACAAAUGCUAAAAUCACCUUCAUGUUAGAGUGGUUCCUAGUGGCAGGAACGUUUUGUUUUA